UUAAACUAUGUAUUAUCGUCGGUGUUAAAGUUUACUAUUCGUUUUAAUGCUGUGUCUUAUUUAUAUAUUUUAAAUUACCUAAAUUAGAUUUCUACCAUUAUUGUUAAUGUAUUUUAAAUUUUACAUAUAUUUGUGUAUUUAGAGUUAAUUUUGUAAUUUUUUUUAUUUCAUUUUAAAUUUAUUGCUUGGUUUUUUAUGUUAAUUUAUUAAAUUAUAAUUUCAAAUAAAAUACACAUAUUCAAUUUUGUUUUUGUGACAAGAAAAUUACCGAUGUUCAAAAUGGACUCGAUACAGUUGUCCCAACAACUCAGUCAACCUGGAUAUGAUCGCGAAAAAGUGUACCAAUGGAUUGUAGAACUCUGCAAUGCAGAUACAAGAGAAAAUUCUCUUUCUGAACUUAGUUCUCGUCGUGAUAUCAUCCAUGAUCUCGGCCCACUUUUAUGGCAUACAACUGGAACUAUUGCUGCAUUAUUAUUUGAAAUUGUUUCUACCUAUCAGUUUGUUAAUCCACCUACAAUGUCUUUGCAGCAAGUUACACGUCUAUGUAAUGCACUUGCACUUCUACAAUGUGUUGGUGCUCAUCCCCAAACUCGUUCUCAGUUCCUUAAAGCACAAAUACCUCUUUACAUGUAUCCAUUUUUACAUAAUGGUAACAAAUGUAGAAACUUUGAACACCUAAGACUUACAAGCUUAGGGGUUAUUGGAGCAUUAGUGAAAACUGAAGAACAAGAAGUUAUUACUUUCUUGCUUACUACUGAAAUUAUUCCAUUAUGUUUGCGGAUCAUGGAAACUGGUUUUGAAUUAACAAAAACACUUUCUACUUUCAUUUUGCAAAAAAUUCUUAUGGAUGACAAUGGUUUGAGUUAUAUUUGUCAAACUUAUGAUCGAUUUUCUCAUGUUGCUUUAAUAUUAGGUAAAAUGGUCUUGGCCUUAGAGAGAGAACCUUCAACCAGACUUCUUAGACAUGUUGUGGGUUGUUAUGUAAGACUUUCGGAAAAUCCUAGGGCUCGAGAAGCUCUGCGACAAUGCUUACCUGAUCAACUAAAAGACAUGUCUACAUUUACCGACUGCCUUGCAAGAGACCAAACAAUUGCUGCAUGGUUAAUACUACUUAAAAAGAAUUUGGAUUCUGCUUUGCCAAUUGAUGUGUCACCUGGUGUGCCUUCACUUGUUAAACCAUAAUCAUACCAAAUGUAUUAAUCUCUAAAUGAAAAUUUGAUAUGUUUUGAUAAUCAUAUCAAUUAAAUAAUGAAUAAUAAAUGACAAUGUACUUAUUUCUAGACCUUUGUAUGAUACAUGGGUGGAGGUAUUUCAGUAAUUAAAAUAAAAAGUAACCAAAGUCUGACCUGUUA